UUUAUUGAAGAGUAAACACAAUACUACAUAUACACCAUUUUAUUGAUAUGAAUAUGUUGCAUCGUAGAAAUACUAUUAGCGUAAAGCGAUGAUAUUUGCUCACCACGAAGAUAAAGUCGUUCCAUAUAGUCAUGAACACCAGUUUAGUCAUAAAAGAUAUUUAGAUCUAUUAAAGCAAGAUUUUUUGCAACGUUAUGCAAACCCACCAGUGCGAGAGCCGAAGACUGUGGAUGAUUUUGAUCCAGUUGCAACAUUAGGUUUUGGUGCAUUUGGUACCGUUUUAUUAGUUCGUGAUAAAUCCACUUUCGAGUAUUACGCAAUGAAGGCUUUAGAAAAGGCUAACGUAGUUAAGAAGAAGAACGUAAAGCAGCUUUUACAGGAAAAGAAGAUAUUAGAAAGUGUCUCGUUCCCGUUCGUUCUUAAUUUAGAGCAUAGUUUCAAGGACAACGUUUACGUCUUUCUCAUAACGCCCCAUAUAGCUGGCGGGGAGAUGUUCAGUUUAUUAAAGAAGCUGGGUAACUUAUCAGAGCCCUUAGCACAAUUUUAUACUGCACAAAUGGUACUAGCGUUGGAGUAUUUACAUCACUGCAGUAUUGUACAUAGGGAUAUAAAGCCAGAGAACAUAUUUCUAAACGAAUCGGGUUAUAUUAUACUAGGCGAUUUUGGUUUCUGCAAAAUAAUACGUAGUAGAACGUGGACGAUUUGUGGUACGCCCGAAUAUAUUGCUCCCGAAAUAAUUUUAUCAAAAGGCUAUACAUUCUCCGUGGAUUGGUGGUCUUUAGGCAUACUUAUAUAUGAAAUGAUCGCCGGUUAUCCGCCAUUUUAUAGCUCAAAUACGAUGAAAAUGUAUGAGAAAAUCUUGGGUGGGUCGUUCAAGUCACCCGAAUGUAUGACGCCAACUUGCAAGUCAUUAGUGAAGAGUCUUUUGGACGUAGAUCCAAUGAAACGAUACGGGUCUCUGAAAGCUGGUGUAUACGAUAUAAAGAAGCAUGCAUGGUUUACAGAUAUCGAUUGGCAUACAGUACUGCAUCAGAAAAUGUUUCCACCGUUUAUUCCUGUGAAAAAAAGUUUUAGUGAUUCAGGCUUGAGUGACGUUAAGCUUAAGAAAUCGCCAGACUGCUUAUUUGCGAGAGAAUUUUCAAAUUUUUAA